ACAACAUUCUAGAACAACCUAAUAAUUAAAAAUGCAACCAAAAAUAUUUUUCAUUGUUACAGUCUCCACUACAAUAAUAUCUACAAUACUUCAAACUUGUGAUGCCCAAGGGGUAUCCCAAUAUCUUCUACAAUACAUUGACGACGAUCAAUGCACGCCGGGAAACCACUCCGUAAAUAUUAUUGACCCUUCAUCUGACCAGGAACAAAAACUGAUUGCACCGGAAUUCGGGCAAUAUGUCUAUUUCAAAGCGAUGGGCUUUUGGAAAAUAUUCCAAUAUACCAGUUACGAUUAUCCCUUCUACGUUUACGUGGAUGGCAAUGGGGAGGAGUGUCAAUAUAUGUGGCAAACUUACAAUCACCACUGGACCGCGACUCGUCUGGGAGAUCCGCUUCAGAUCAAGAGGGAAAUUCAAAUAUUUAAGGAUACAAAUUUUGACAGCACAACAUACAAAUUUCAAAGAUCAACGUCAUCAAUACUGCCCCCGAUGAACGUUAAGUCGUUUUUCUUUAGUGGGAAUUAUUCCUGGGGAUUAUUUUCUGAGAAGAAUUAUAAAGGAGUAAGUAAUUGUUUUAGGUCAAAUACAGCGGGAAAAGAGUGGGGAUUUACGAUUUAUCCCGAUGUGAAUAUGACGGUGGGAAGCAUUUUGGAAGGGUGUUAGUUUAAGUAAUAUGUAAAUUUACAAAAGUAUUUAUCUUUAUGUUAUUUAAUUCGGUUAUAGGUUAAUAAAUAAAUAAACUUUUAAAAAAAUUUAAAAGUCCUAUAUAGAAAUUAAAUUGGUAAAAUGUGCGAGUGAGGAUAAUAAGGAGUGAGGAAUUGGAUGAGACUCACUUUAAACUGUAGAAUCCGGAUUUAAGGGCCAAUGGUCAACGUUUCGAACCUUCGUUCUUCUUCAGGACCAGAGGGAGAAAUUUUUAGUGACUGCUCACGGGAAGAACCAAUGUGAGUGUGAAGGAAUAGGGAUAGGAAGGAUUGAAAGGAAGACUGCCAGACCACGUGGGCGUAGCACCAGAACACACCAUUCUGAGCUGCGUCUCACAAAUUUGAUGCUCUACGAGGUGUGUUCUGGUGCACAAAUCAGGGUGCUACCGCCACCUAUGUGCUUUCAUCAUCAUUUUUUA